UAUGUAAGUUGUGAGAUGUUAAUGUUAAUUAUUGUUUCAUGUUUUUCAGAUGAAGUUGGAGCCCUUGUUUUUGACAUUGGGUCCUAUACUGUGAGAGCCGGUUAUGCUGGUGAGGACUGUCCCAAGGUGGAUUUCCCCACAGCCAUCGGAAUGGUGCUAGAAAGAGAUGAUGGAAGCACACUGAUGGAAAUAGAUGGCGAUAAAGGCAAACAAGGCGGCCCCACCUAUUACAUAGAUACCAAUGCCCUGCGUGUUCCGAGGGAGAAUACGGAGGCCAUUUCACCACUCAAAAAUGGGAUGGGUACGAUGUCUUUUUCUAGCGACUUGAUUAUAAAUAGAGAGUAGGCAUGGCGCAUUUUA